CACAUUAUAUCACCGACGAAUUCUACAUGGACAGACGCAAUUACACAUUAUAUCACCGACGAAUUCUAUAUAGAUAAAUUUUCUUCCUCCAUUUUUCAUUGUCGUCUCCAAGGUACUGUGCUUUAGAAAGUUUCAUUCAUUCAUGGCUUCAUGGCUUCCUGAAAUUAGUUUCUAGUCCUGCAUUCAUGGCUUCCUCCUCAUCAUCUCCUAAACAAUAUGAUGCAUUCAUCAGCCACCGAGGGCCUGACGUCAAAGAAACCCUUGCUAAACAGCUUUAUAAACUUCUUCAGGAAAGAGGGUGCCGGGCAUUUCUAGACCGUGAAGAAAUUGAAGGCGGGGAAUCUAUUACGUCUGCCAUUGAGAAUGCCAUACGCUCAUCUGUUGUGCAAAUAGCCAUUUUUUCUAAAGGAUAUGCACAGUCCUCAUGGUGUUUAGAGGAGCUUGUUCUUAUGUUAAAUCAACAACCUGACGCCCUCUUUAUUCCUGUCUUCUACGAUGUCCAGCCGUGGGAGCUACGCUACAUCGAAAAAAAGAAAAGGAAAAGGAACGAGAAGAAGUCACAGUAUACUGCAGCAUUUUGUGAUUAUCAAAGGAAAGGCAGAAAUCUUGAUAAUUUGAGUAAAUGGAAAGAUGCUCUCGCAUCUGCUGCAGGCAUAUCUGGUUAUGAACGUAGCCGGCAUCAAGACAAUUUGUGUGAAGAGAUUGUGUCCCGUGUGCUGGAAGAAAUGAAGAGAAGGAAACCGUUACAUGUUGCAAAAUAUCCAGUCGGACUUGCUGAGCAAGUCCAAGAUUUCGAAGAUUCUUUUUCGCAGACAGUGAGAGACAAGGUUAGAAUAGCAGGGAUCUUUGGUCUAGGGGGGUCUGGCAAGACCACACUGGCCACAGAAUUGUUUAACAGGAAGCGUUUAGGCUACAAAGCAUCGUGCUUUCUCUCUGACGUGAGAGAUAGUGAUUUGCGUUCCUUGCAAAGUCAGCUCUGUAAAGAUCUCUUUCUUGAAAAUCGGAAGUUUGACAGUAUUGCUAAAGGAAUAGGACACCUGGAGCAUCGUCUGGGAACGCCAAGGGAUUGGCACUUUCUUAUUGUCCUCGAUGAUAUCGAUCAUCGGGACCAGUUAGAUACCCUCUUACCUGCAGCUAUGCUAAGCUCUGGUAGCCUCGUAAUUAUUACGACCCGUAACCAAAGCUUGUUAGCGGGUGCAGAUAUUUUUCAUAGGAUGAAGAAAAUGAAUUUUGAUCAUGCUAGAACCCUCUUCUGUAGCCACGCUUUCUGCAGACCCGAUCCACCUACUUCAUAUGAGAAAUUGGUUGAAAGGUUUGUGGGAUUCUGCGGAGGUUUACCCCUCGCACUCAAAGUUUUAGGCAGCCAUGUUUAUGGUAAAGGUGAGCAUUUUUGGGAGUUGGAAUUGGAAAAAGUUAAGAAAAUCCAACCUAAUGAUAUAAUGCAAAGACUUAGAAUCAGCUUUGAUAGUCUGGACAGAGAGGAGAAACAGAUAUUUAUAGAUAUAGCCUGUUUUUUUAAUAAGAAAGUAAAAUAUGAUUUGAAAAGUAAAGCUAUAACAAUCUGGAAAGCAUCCGGUUGGAGCAACGCUGAGCAUGCACUUCAAAUCCUACAAGAUAGGUGCCUACUUGAAUCGGCUGAGCACGAACGCUUUGAGAUGCACGAUCACCUCCGCGAUUUAGGAAGACAAAUAGUAGACGAGUUGAGCCCUCGUCGCCUGUGGCAACCAGAACUCCUUGGACCUAUGGAAGCAAAAGGAUUUCGACAAAUCCUUGCAGAAACAAAUGGCGGCAGGUGCUUCCAUUCAUUCUGGGAUCCGUCCCUUGGAAUGAGAAUUAGUUUUUUUAUAGCUGAGGCUGAUCUCCUGUGGCUUGAAAUGAAUAAGUAUGGUGUAACAUUUAUGAACAUUCCAUCCUGGAUUCCUCUACGGAAAUUGCACUGUUUAUAUAUUUGGUCUGUGCGAGAAUUGUGGAGCACAUUUCAGCAACAGUUGCAGACCUAUACCCAGGCCACUUUCCAAUUGAGAAGGUUAUGGAUUUGGAGCUGUCCUUAUUUGCAAAAGCUUCCGGAUUUAAUAGAAAUGUUCACUCAUUUGGAAGAAUUGGAUAUACGUUUUUCAAUAUAUAGCACAGAUAUAACAUCCUUGGUCCAAUCACUUGGACGACUUAGUAAGCUUAGAUCAUUGAGAUUGGUAUGUACGAACCUCGACUUCAGUGAGAAGCUGGACCUGAGCAAAGGUAAUGUGGAUUCUUCUACAAGCAGCCGCAUGGAUAGCCUUGAAACCAUACACCUUGGUAAUCUUCUUAAUACAUCCAAGUUAGUAGUCAGUGGAGAGAUGUGUCCCAGACUUCGAUCGCUUACAGUUUCUGACUUCAGAAAUCUAAAAGAAAUGGAAUUAAAGCAUCUAGAGAGACUGAAUACUCUGAGAGUGGAGGAAUGUUAUAAUUUAGAAACAAUAUCAGGUUUAUCUACGCUAACAGAGCUUCAAGUGUUAAAAGUAGAGAACUGUGCAGCGUUGAAAUCCUUGCCGACCCUUUCAGAUCUACAUAGUCUGCAGAAAAUCACGAUUUUUGGAUGUGGUCAACUGCAGGGUUAAUGCAGCUAGAGAGACUGAAUACUCUUCGACUGUGUGAUUGUUCCAAUUUGAAAUCGUUGCCGACCCUUGCGCAUCUGCCUCGUCUGGAGACAAUCAAGCUCACAGGAUGUCCUCAGCUGCAGAGUGUCGAAGGGGUGGAAGAGUUGCCAGGAUUGAAAAGUCUGCUAAUUCAAAUGCCCGACGAUGGAUAUUUUGCAUGCGUACGAAAUUACAUAUGUGAACUGAGGAGGCUGUUGGUAAAGAAAAUCAUUUUGGCACAGAGGUCAAUGGAUAGAGCAUCGUCCAAAUUGAAUGCAAAUUUAUUUUCUAAGGUGAUCGGCGCCCAAGCAGUAACUGAGAUAGAGAGAGGAGAGUUUACACUGAAGAUGGAAAGCUCAUCGAGUGCAAUCACUAUAUUUAAAUUUGAAUUAUGCUUGUAACAUCGAUUUAUGCUUUUAUACAUUUAAAAUUGAAGACAAAUUUUGGAUCCUAAGAGAAGGUGGAGGGGAUCUGCUAAUUAUAGUUUUACUCACCCAGGAUUAUAGUGAAUGUAGACUAGAUUCUGUCACAAUAAAGAAGGGGUUUAAGGCCACAGUGAAAGUUGGGGAAGAAGGGAAAGCCUUAACUGUCUUUGAUCGAUUAUACAGACCAAGAACAAACUUGGCAGCAUAUCCUGCCGUAAACCGAAAACGAAAGCAAAAGCAUUGAAAAGUGUGAUCAAUUUGUUUUGACUAUUUACUGUCAAAAGCUCGUCAUCUUUGUUUUAUUGAAGUCUUUGAUUUCUAAUA